GCACCAUGCUCAUCAAUCGAUUAAUCGGCAUUUUAACCCUCUCCGCUAUUCUGACAAAUGCCAUCUACCUCAAAGGAUACGAAUACAUCGUCGUCGGAUCCGGUGCCGGCGGUGGCCCUCUAGCAGCGCGUCUUGCUCUAGCAGGCCAUAAAACCCUCCUCCUGGAAGCCGACAAUGACCAAGGCCAUAAUUUUAAUUACAGUGUUCCCGGCUAUGCACCAAAAGCUUCCGAAGACCCAGCUCUAGCAUGGAGCUUUUACGUCCGGCACUAUGCCGAUGAGGCGCGUCAAGCCCGUGAUUUCAAGACGGUUUACGAGACACCAGAUGGGAGGGAAUACAUAGGGCCUGACCCUCCCCCCAGAUCCAGUAUGAAAGGUAUCCUCUACCCUCGAGCCGGAACCUUAGGAGGCUGUACCGCACACAACGCCUUGUUCGCUCUCUACCCGUAUCGCUCGGAUUUCGACUAUAUUGCUGAGUUGACGGGUGAUUCAUCGUGGAGGGCGGCGAACAUGCGGAAAUACUUCGUGAGGUUAGAGAGAAAUAGAUACCUACUUCCUGGAAAGAGAGGUCAUGGGCACAAUGGGUGGCUUGGGAUUGAGACCCCGCCGUUGCGACUCAUACUGCAGGAUACACAGCUGUUGAGCCUGGUCCUUGGCGAUGCCUUUGCGGUAGAUAAUGAGACGGGCCCUCUGACCAAUGUUGCUUCGCUAGUUGCUGGCGAUGCAAAUGUUGAUGAUGAGGCGCGCGAUAAGACACCUGCCUACUAUACCUUGCCUUUUUCGGUUAAUGAUGCUAAGCGCAACGGGGCACGGGAGUCUAUAGUCUCUGUUCGCGAUGCAGUCAAUGAGAACGGUAGCAAGAAAUAUCCUCUAGACGUUCGGAUGAACUGCUUUGUUACCAAGGUUAUAUUCGAUACUUCUGCCAAUCUACCUCGCGCAACAGGCGUUGAAUUCCUCGACGGCGAGUAUCUAUACAAAGCUAGUCCCUUGUCUGGGCAAGGUAAAACCGGCAUCCCCGGCAUUGCGACUGCGUCGCGCGAGGUCAUCGUCGCUGGAGGCGUUUACAAUUCGCCACAAUUACUGCAACUAAGCGGUAUAGGCUCAGCAGGUGAGCUCGAGAAACACGGUAUCAAAGUCGUAGUCGACCUACCCGGCGUGGGAAGGAACCUUCGGGAUCAAUACGAAACAAUGGUACAAGUGCACACUCCGAAAGACCUCUCUCCUCUCAAAGGUUGUACGUCCGGCUUCCACGGCCAGCCCGAACCAUGCCUCGCGCGCUGGAUGAAAUCAGUCCUCGGCGACCGCGGCAUCUACAGCGCUUCGGGUGGUGCUGCAGCGAUGUCCUACAAGAGUACAGCCACCACUAACAACGAAAUCGAUAUCAAUAUGUUCGGAGUGAUCGGCAACUUCCGAGGCUAUUACCCUGGCCAUGCUUACAACACCACUACCAGGCACGACUGGUUCACCUGGUCGGCGCUUAAAGCUCAUCCGCGGAAUAACGCUGGCACAGUGACACUUCGGUCUGCGGACCCGCUUGAUCCUCCCAAAAUUGUGUUCAAUUACUUUGACACCGGCGUUGGCGACUACAGAGCAGACCUGCAGGCUAUAUGUGAAGCACUCGAGCUUGGUCGUAGGGCUUUCAAGCGUCAACCUCUUCCUGUUUCUGAGGUUCUACCUGGAGCGAACGUUACCGCUCAAGAAGAUAUCGAGGCUUACAUCAAGGAUACCGCAUGGGGGCAUCAUGCUAUGUGCACUUGUCCGAUUGGGAGAGACGAUGACCCAAUAGCAGUACUUGACUCCAAGUUUCGGGUUCGUGGGGUUGACCGGUUGCGCGUCGUUGACGGUUCUACUUUUCCUCGUAUACCCGGCACGUUUCCUGUUGUGUCAAUCUAUAUGGUGGCGGGAAAAGCCGCAGAUGUGAUUUUGGGUGAGACCAGUACCAAUCUAGUACAAUAAACAAUGUGAUCGACGGGACUUGCGCCCUAGUCCAUCUUUGGCUUAUAUAGG